AUGUUACCAAUUAAAUGUGUAAUAUUGGGUAAUGGAAAUGUGGGCAAGACCACACUAAUCCAAACCUAUUUGAACGGAACAUAUACACCGCCACCACUGUUCUCGUGUGGUCACUAUUUGACAAAGGCCCAAUGCAUGACCGGUGAAUAUCUGGAUAUAUUGCUGUGCGAUACAAAAGGUGCCAAGGAAUUUGAUCGCAUAAAUCGUCUAAGUUAUCCGAACACGGAUGUUUUCGUUAUCUGUUUUAGUGUAGAUCGUCCGGAUGAUUUGUGUUAUGUUCAUCUAAAAUGGUUACCGGAAAUUCGUGAACAUUGUCCAGGAUCGGUACCGAUUAUUUUGGUGGCAACUAAAGUGGAUAUGCGUAAUGCGAUACAAGAGACACCGCGACGUUGGUGUGUAACCAAAGAACAGGGUCGACGAAUGGCGAAAAUGAUUGAAGCCACCUAUUAUAUUGAAUGUUCGGCAAUGGAUGAUGAAUUUUAUGGGGUGUCGGAUGUAUUUAAUGCUGCAGUCAGUUGUGGCCUGGAUUAUCGUAAUAAUGAUAGUUUUAAUCGAAAAAAGAAGCGAAAAUGUGUGAUAUUGUAA